UGAACGUAUAUAGUUGUAUAUAGUACGGUUUACGUAUAUUUACGGUUUCAAGUUCCUAAUGAUAUUAUUCUUUUGAAAAUAAUUUUCUAACUUGAAACUGAAUUUUUAAGGGACAUAAUUUUACUUUACAUAAUAGUGUAGAUAACAGAUUAGUAUUACGAUAACGUAGAGCUACUUAUACGAGGGAAUGAGGUCAAUAUUAUAAAGCAAUUUACGAAAAUAGUCUAAAAGCCAUAAUGAAUCAAUAUCAAACUGAAAGACAGCUCUGCUGGUGCUAUGGGCUUUUGGCUGUAGUAUUAGCUGUGUCAGUGAUAUGCACAGCAAUCCCUUACAACCAUUGGAGAGCUACACUAGAUGUGUGUCCUGGGAGCUGGUUAGAAUACAAUAAUUGUGGUUGUAUUUUUUUUGGAGCCAGCUCAUCACAAUAUUUCACUGGAGGUCACAACUCUUAUUGUUUAUAUGCAAUUUUUGCCCCGUUACCCAUAUUAGUGUAUGCUCUGGUGAUGGCAUUUUUUCACAUGUAUAGAGUGUGUAUUAAUAAUGUUGGCCUGUACGAAGGAGACAAGUCUACUGCUAUGGAAGAAAUAGAAGGUGAAACAAUUGUUGUAACAGCUCGUACUAGAGUGUCACAGAGUGUUGAUGGUGUAAUAUAUUGCUGGAUACCUACGUCAAGUGUUGCCGCUGUAUUUGCAUUGUACAAUCUGAUUCAUGCAGCUAUUAUGACUGAUGGCUUCUAUAAGACAUGUCAACAAUACAGAGGAUACCUUGUUAGGGAGGUUCGCGCAUCAGGUGAUCAAGCAACAGCGAUACAUUUCAGACUCGCAUGCCAAGCAAUUUUUGAUUUUAUGGACUAUAUACAAAAGGAUGCUCCAAAUAGUCGUCGAGGUGAUUACAUAAAUACUGGUAUAUCUUUACAAAUAGCGUUGAUAGCUUCAUGGCUUGGGGUUAUUUUGUGGGUGGCGAUUACUAUUUAUACUGCUAUCAGGGCAUAUAAGGAACGUGGCGUUUUGACCUGCUGUGGAAAUUAAGAAAAAAAUAUCAGUCCAAAUUUUUUUUUCUCAUGUCUCUAUAGAGAGCACAUCUGAUAUGUUAUUAUUUAAAAAAAACAAUUCAGAUCAAUUAUUACAAGUCAUAGAUGUCACAAAUUGAACGCCAUUUUGAAUAUACCAUAGAGCAUACUUAGCUUACAGCUAUGGGCAACCUUUGACAUGUUGAGGGCCAAACUUUUGCGUGCAAAUACUUUAACGGGCCGCGUCUAAACCUACUCCGUGCAUUUUAAAGUCGUGAUAAUAAUUUUGCAAUAGAUAUUGGACGUGAAAUAAUUCGACAAUGUUAUCAUAGUACAAUUUUUUAAAAUAA